AUGCCUAAAACGAGCACCACCACCUGGACCAGCUCUCGAACAACUACCCAAACAACCUUAUCUACAACAACUCGAAUCAGUACCACAUCUUCCGGGCCAGCACCAAGCGGGACAGCAAUUAGGGGUGUUAGUGCUCCUGUCUAUCAUAAAUACCUCCAGAACUUGGACGGGAAAGCUGUCCUAGGCCCGGAAGCAAACCAGGCAAAAUUCAUCAUUUCUGGUGGGACAAUCCAAAUGAGCGGAACAGGUCUUUACCUAAAUAUCGACACGACGGCUACCACGUCAUACAAAGCCCUGUCCUUUGGAGCAACUCCUAACUUUAGCGGCUGGGGGCUUGAAGGAGACACAAUCAUCACGACCCAAUCAUCUCAACUUGGGAGGCAGCUGAACUAUGUAAUGUGUGGGCCCGUGGGGGCUGACAGUUAUGUUGUGUAUCUUCAAACUGGCUCGCAGCUUCCAUCCGGACCAGGAACUUGUACAAAUUAUCUAACCAUGCAUUUGCCAUGUUUAUGCUGA